AUGGCAGCUCUACUCUUUGGUUUCUGUACUUUAUCACUGUUGCCUGAGUUUGGUUUCUGCAUAACGAGGAACUACACAUUCAAUAUUGUGUCACACAAUGUGACUAGAUUGUGCCACACGAAGAGUAUUGUAAGCGUAAACGGACAGUACCCAGGGCCUCGGCUCGUCGCAAGGGAAGGUGAUCAAGUCAUCGUUAAGGUGGUUAACCAUGUUGCAAACAAUGUCACCAUUCAUUGGCAUGGAAUUCGGCAGCUUAGAAGUGGUUGGGCUGAUGGCCCGGCUUAUAUAACACAAUGUCCCAUUCAAACUGGCCAGACAUACACUUACAACUUCACAAUCACAGGGCAGAUAGGCACCCUCUUCUGGCAUGCUCACAUCUCCUGGCUGAGAGCAACCCUUCAUGGUCCUAUAAUUAUCCUGCCAAGGCGCAAUGAAUCUUACCCGUUUGAGAAACCCUACAAGGAAGUUCCCAUUAUCUUCGGAGAGUGGUGGAAUGCUGAUCCAGAGGCUGUCAUAAGCCAGGCUCUUCAGACAGGAGGUGGUCCAAACGUUUCAGACGCAUACACCAUCAAUGGCCUUCCGGGGCCCUUGUACAAUUGUUCAUCAAAAGAUACAUUCAGGUUGAAGGUGAAGCCAGGAAAGACAUAUAUGCUCCGUUUGAUCAAUGCCGCCCUGAACGACGAACUCUUCUUCAGCGUUGCCAAUCACACUCUCACCGUUGUUGAAGCUGAUGCUGUGUACAUCAAACCCUUCAACACCGACGUACUUCUCAUAACCCCAGGUCAAACUACCAACGUUCUUCUCAAAAGCAAACCCUACUUUCCGAACGCCACCUUCUUCAUGGCCGCUAGGCCUUACUUCACCGGCCUUGGCACCUUCGACAACUCCACCGUCGCUGGAAUCCUUGAAUACGAUCAUCCCUCUUCCAUUAAAAAGAAAAUGCUCUUCAAGCCAACCCUGCCACCAGUCAACGCCACAGCCAGCGCCGUCGCAAAUUUCACCAAGAUGUUUCGCAGCUUAGCCACUACUAAAUUCCCGGCCAACGUUCCACAGACAGUGGACAAAAGAUUUUUCUUCACCGUGGGACUUGGUUCGAGUCCAUGCCCCAAGAACAUGAGCUGCCAAGGACCUAAUGGAACAAAAUUCGCAGCUUCGAUUAACAAUGUUUCAUUUGCACUUCCAGCAAAAGCUCUUUUACAAUCAUACUUCAAUGGCCAAUCUUAUGGUGUUUACACCACUGAUUUUCCGGCGAACCCGCCGAAUCCAUUCAACUACACCGGAACACCACCUAACAACACUUUUGUGAGCAACGCCACACGGGCGGUGGUGCUGCCGUUCAACGCCAGUGUGGAGGUAGUGCUGCAAGAUACGAGUAUUCUUGGUGCUGAAAGUCACCCACUUCACCUUCAUGGUUUCAAUUUCUUUGUUGUUGGUCAAGGGUCUGGUAACUUUGACUCCAAUAAAGACCCUCUCAGCUUCAAUCUGGUGGAUCCUGUUGAACGGAAUACGUUUGGUGUUCCCGCCGGUGGUUGGGUCGCCUUUCGUUUCCAAGCAGACAACCCAGGAGUAUGGUUCAUGCACUGUCACUUUGACAUCCACAACAGCUGGGGUCUGAGAAUGGCUUGGAUAGUGUUGGAUGGACUGCUUCCCAACCAAAAGUUACCUCCACCACCGUCGGAUCUUCCUCAGUGUUGACCUUGGUCAUUGGGUCUAGAUUGGCAAUGCAAUUUUCGAGUGUUGUUGUGUUAUUUUUUCCCUUAUCUAAUUUACAUUAUUGUCUGGUACCAAAAAUUUAUAUUAUGGGCAUUCUGUGUUUUUUUCGCCCGCAAUGUGUUCAAGCUUGCGCUGACAACUCUUUUGACAUUCUGUAAUAAAUAAUUAAAGGAGCAGAAAAAAUGUUCUUUUAGUUGAAUAUCGAUUUUGUUGGUUGCAUGGUUGGUUGGUUUGUAACUGGUGAAAGCUAGCUUGGGG